AUAAGUUAGUAGCUUUUGCCUUGGAUGGGGCAUCCGUAAUAAUUGGAGCCAAAAAUAGAGUUGUGCAAAAAUUAUCAAAGAUAUGCCCUUAUAUUGUUUAUAACCAUUGUAUUGCACAUCAUUUAGCAUUGGCUUGCAAAGAUUCACAAAAACAGCUUGAUUACUUUAUUAUUGCUAAAGCCACUAUUAAAGACAUAUACAAAUUUUAUAAAAAUUUUGCAAAACGAAUUAAUAUACUUCAAGAAUAUCAACAAAUUCUUGAUUUUCCUAAGCUAUAA